AUGAAGAACCAAAAUGAGAAGGAAGGUCAUAAAGGGACAACUGCGGUGGAUAAAAAUACACGGCCCUUUUCUGGCUGGAAAAGAAGCUCUAGGAACACCGCGAUAUCUAAUCUAUUCAAGGUCUUCGUGGUGCUUACAAUGACAGAACGGGUUCAGCGAUUUCUAAGUAGAGAAAUGAGAGAAGGAAAGGCUUUCAUGAUGAUGAUAAUUUUGUUCAGAAUUGCUUUAUCAGUUGGAGCUGCUGGUGAUAGGCAGCAGAAGUGGUGGCAUUCCGAAUCCACCUCAGGGACUACUUCAUCAGAGAUCAAUCGAGCCGCCUCCUCAGUUGUUUUCCCCUUAUACGGCAACGUUUACCCUGAAGGGUAUUACUUUGUUCAAGUAAACUUAGGUCAGCCGCCUCAGCCAUACUUUCUUGAUCCUGAUACCGGAAGUGAUCUCACAUGGCUUCAAUGUGAUGCUCCCUGUGUGCAUUGCACAAAGGCGCCCCACCCUCCAUAUCGUCCCACAAAUGAUCUGGUUGUUUGUAAGGACCCCCUUUGCGCCUCAUUGCAUUCAGGUGACUACAAUUGCGACAGCCCAGAACAAUGUGAUUAUGAAGUGGAGUAUGCUGAUGGAGGUUCAUCCCUUGGUGUGUUGGUCAAGGAUAUGUUUUCCCUUAAUCUUACCAAUGGAGUUCGACUUAGACCUCGCCUGGCUUUUGGGUGUGGUUAUGAUCAGGUACCUGGUGCUUCUUCUCAUCCAUUGGAUGGAAUACUUGGUCUUGGAAAAGGAAAAUCUGGCAUUGUUUCGCAGCUUAAGAAUCAGGGUGUUGUCCGAAAUGUUCUUGGUCACUGCUUGAGUGGGAGAGGAGGAGGAUUUCUUUUCUUGGGGGAUGGAAUUUAUGAUAGUUCACGAGUGCUUUGGACCCCAAUGUUACGAGAUUCAAUUGACAGCAAACAUUACUCAGCUGGUUCAGCCGAACUUAUUCUUGGAGGAAGAAGUUCAGGAAACAAGAAUCUCGCUUUUGUUUUUGACAGUGGGAGUUCUUACACUUACUUGGGUUCUCAGCCAUAUCGCUCUUUGCUCUAUUGGUUGACGAAAGAGUUGAAUGGAAAGCCCUUGAGAGAAGCCACAGAUGAUGAUACUCUUCCUCACUGCUGGAAAGGGAGGAAUCCAUUUAGAAGCAUAAAUGAAGUGGCAAAAUUUUUCAAGCCCCUAGCAUUGAAGUUCAACAAUGGUUGGAGAUCGAAACCUCAAUUCGAAAUACCCCCUGAAGGGUAUCUUAUUAUUUCAAAAAGAGGCAAUGCUUGCUUAGGGAUACUGAAUGGCACCGAGAUUGGACUGCAGAACUUCAACGUUAUUGGAGAUAUAUCAAUGCAGGACUCAAUGGUGAUUUAUGACAAUGAAAAGAAAGCAAUAGGUUGGACCGCUGCAAAUUGUGAUCGGCCACCCAAAUCCAACUCUAGAUUAGUCAUGUAA